AUGACGGAGCUCCGAGCUGCUUUGGUCAACGCCGACUUCUUAGCUUUCCUUUGCAUGGAGCUCACCUUGACAGAGUCAUGCUGUUACAAGCCAAAUUCGAUAAAAGAGGAUUGCAAACCGCACACUCUGUCGAAAAGUACUUCCUUGUGGAUGUUCAUGCGUCACAAUGCUCCAGAAAUCCUUAAGUGUCAAGCUUCACGCAGCGAGCGGGGGGUAGAAAACGAUGUUUCAUAUCCCUGGGCCGCGCUCGCUCAACUGGCACCACCCAAGUUCUAUUCCGAUCUUAUCGAGAGCACUAUCGGAGCAAUUUUUAUAGACAGCGGGGGUCGUAUAGAUGCAUGUGAGCAGUUUUUGGAAAGGAUUCAUCUGAUAGCUUAUCUUGAGCGUUUUGUGGGGCAGGCUAUACUUAUAGGGCACCCUAAGAACGCACUAGAUCGCAUUCUGGGUACCCGGAGAUCAUAUUUUGAAUUUGCACGAACGGAUGAUGGGCUUUACAACAUCUCUGUCUGGCUAGAGGGAGGUAAUAUUGCAUCUAUCAACGGUUGUUUGACAAAGAACGAGGCAGUUGUGCGAGGUGCGGAUGCGGCAAUGGCAUUUUUGUCACAUACCUGA